AUGGCGGCCGGCCACAUCAAAGUGGCUCUUGUAGGCCUGUCAGCGACCGCCAAGACAUCGUGGGCCCAGGACGCCCACCUCCCUUACCUGCUCUCACCCCUGGGCCGGGCACGCUACGAGGUGGUCGCGCUCUGCAACUCGACGGUCGCGUCGGCCGAGGCCGCACGGGCGCGCCACGGCCUGCCCGACACGGUCAAGGCGUACGAUGACGCGACCGAUCUGGCCGCCGACGGUGACGUCGACCUCGUCGUCUGCUGCACCGGGGUCGUGGGUGAAGACGACCAAGACGACGGCGACGACGACGACGGCGGCGGCGGCGGCGGCAACAGCAGCCGCGCCAAGACGGCUGCUCCCGCCCUACGUGCCGGCAAGGCCGUCUACGUCGAGUGGCCCAUCGCCGAGAGCCUGGCGGCCGCCGUGCAGAUGGCCGCCGAGUGCGACGGCACGUCGCCCAGCGGCAGCGUCGCCGGGAGCGACUGCUCCAGCCCUUCGUUCCCCGGCGCCGCCAGUAACAACAGCAUCGUCGGCCUGCAGGGCCGCCUGAGCCCCGUCGUGCGCAAGGUCAAGGACAUGCUCGACUCGGGGAGGGUCGGCCGCGUGCUGAGCAGCGAGGUGCGCGCCUUUGGCACUCUGCAGCGCCGCGAACACGCUGGGCCGAGCAGGACGGCACGGGGUCGUGGUGCGGGUCGCUUGGCUGGUGGUGGUGGUGGCGGCGGCGGCGUUGUCGGCUCACCGCUAACCCACACGCUCGACUACGUGCACGAGGUACUGGGCGAGUUCGAGGCCGGGACCAUAAGGUGCCGCAUGCAGGUUCAGCAGCCAGGGGUCGCGGCGCGGGUCGGCGGCGAUGAUGCAGACGAGAAAGGGAGUGGCGGUGGGGUGGCCGAUGUGCCAGAUCUCGUCGUCCUCCAUGGGCAGCUGGCGGGAUUCCACAACGCCACGCCCGACGCCACUCUAUCCGUCACGUACAGGACCGCACCGCCGUUCAAGGGCCAGCCGGGCCUGGCGUGGACCAUCAACUGCGAGCGGGGCGAGAUCAUGAUCACGAGCCCCAGCGGGCCGUGCCUGCACUCGGACUCGUACGCGGCCGACGGCGAGCUGGAGCACGUCACCAUCCGCGUCCACGACUUCCUCAACGACCAGGUCAUCAACGUCCACUGGGACUGGGAGGACUGGCAGCUGGCGCUGCCGGUGCGGGCGCGAAACGUCGCUCACCUGUACGAGAGGUUUGGUAGGUGGUGGGAGAAGACGAGGCGGCGGGAAGAGGCUGUCUUGAACAGUAACAACGGCUACAGUAGUGCUGUUGGUGGCAUCGGAACCGGUCAAGCCUUGAGGGUGGCUGAGGACGACGACUGGCCCAGGAUACAGGACGGCAUCGUCAGGUUGAGACAGUUGGAUGCCAUGUUCCGGCAAUAUGAUUCCCAGCGCCUCGCCUAG